AUGCUUCUACAGGGCAUACACACACACACACACAUUAUUCAAGUAAACGCAAUUUUAAUAAACUUAACUAAGGCUUCAAACAGCACACAAGCGCUUCGAUUUAAUGUACACACAAUUUUCACUUUUGGAGCACGCACUAACCGAAUACCACACACACUCUCUCUCUCUCUCUCCUUUGCAGAACCGAUCUUCUACUUCACCAAGGGACAACGGAAAUCAAUCAAAUUGAACUUUGGCGGCCACAGCUAUGUCAAGUUUAUGGAGAACAGCCGCGGCACCAAGUGGAUCUGCGCCACACGCUCGACGACCAAAUGCCGCGCCCGCGUCCGCACCAAGGACAAUGCGCUCGAGGUGCUCCACGAAGCGCACAAUCAUCAAAUGUGCAAGCGACAGCGCGAACGUGCCAAGUCGCGACGCGCACUCAGUUAAUAUAUUACGAUCUUAACUCGAAUCGCAUCGCAUCCGCGUGAAAACAUUUUUUUUUUAUACCCCAAAAAAGGGUUUUCAUAUAAAUUAAGAUACAUGUAUAUAGUUUCACACUCAGUCGGGUCAGGUCUGACCUUAGAUCAUGCUAUGCUUCCAGAGGAUGUUAUAAAUUGUAUAAAACUUUUAUAAAUCUGGAAGAAGCCGACGAGCACAUAGAGUAUAUAAAGU